GCUGGGUGGCUUCAGAGUCUCGGGGAGGGAGUCAUUUGCUCCGCAGCCUCCUGAGAGUGGCCUCCCCGCCACCCCCAAGUCUAAGAGACAGCCGAUUUUUACGACCCAGCAAGAGGCCGAGCUGGUACAAUAUCCUGACUGUAAAUCGUCCAGUGGUAAUAUUGGCGAGGACCCAGACCACUUAAAUCAGAGCUCGUCUCCUUCUCAAAUGUUUCCCUGGAUGAGACCACAAGCAGCUCCUGGUAGACGAAGAGGAAGACAAACCUACAGUCGCUUCCAAACCCUAGAGCUGGAAAAGGAAUUCCUUUUUAACCCUUAUCUGACCAGGAAAAGAAGAAUCGAGGUUUCCCACGCCCUAGCCCUCACCGAGAGACAGGUAAAAAUUUGGUUCCAGAACAGGAGAAUGAAAUGGAAAAAGGAGAACAACAAGGACAAAUUUCCCGUUUCCCGGCAGGAAGCGAAGGAUGGGGAAACCAAAAAGGAAGCCCAAGAGCUGGAAGAAGACAGAGCCGAAGGCCCGAUAAAUUAACUUCAACCUUUAAAAUUUUAUCACAGACUAUUAAAACUAAUGAUCAACAUAUGCUGGUGGACACCACCAAUUUUCUUUGUUGGAAAGGACUUUACCUGUGUUUCAAGCUACCUUCACGUCACUGCUCUUAAGGUUUCUGCGCUUUGAGAGGGUUUUGGGUGUUUAAAAAAAAGUUUCUAGUAUGACAUAGAAGCAGUCCUUGAGCUGUCCUAUGAAAGGGUAAUUUGAUACUGACCUUGGAGCUAUAUUUUUAUAAUGGUAGUUUUUUAAUGUCUGAGCUGAUGAUUUGCCUCAACAACGUAAACUUCCUAAUGAUUAGCACUAAAUAAUUGAAUAUAAAAUGCUUUAUUAAUCAAACAAGUGCACUUGAACAUUUAAAAUCUUUUCUUUAUGGUGAGUAAGUUAAGAGA